AUGAAGUUCUCCGUCGUCGCCCUCGCUGCUGCCGCCUCUGUGGCCUUUGCUGCUCCCCCCGCCUGUCUCCUGGCCUGUGUGUCCGAGGUGACCAAGAACUCCGAGUGUGAUGCUCUCAACAAGGUCGGCUGCAUCUGCUCCAAGCUCGGCGAGUCCGUCAACGACUGCCUCGAGAAGAAGUGCCCCAACGGCGACGCCGACAAGGCCAAGCAGGCCUUCGAGUCCUCUUGUAAGGAGCAGGGUGCCUCUGUCGGAGGCUCCAAGCAGUCUUCUUCUUCUGCUGCCUCCUCCUCCACCAAGGCUUCCUCUUCCGCCGCUUCCUCUUCUGCCGCUGCCUCCUCUUCUGCUGAGGCUUCCUCCUCUGCUGAGGCCUCCUCUUCCGCCGAGGAGAAGUCCUCCGCUACUGGAGCUGCUUCUUCCGCUGAGGCCACCUCCGCCGAGGCUUCCUCUUCCGCCGCCGAGUCCGCUGAGGCCUCUGGCUCCGCCUCCGACGUUGUCACCAAGACUGGCGCCGUCGUCGUCAACUCCACCGCCGUCGUCACCAUCACCUCUUGUGAGGAUGACAAGUGCCACCAGUCCACCGCCGAGGCCAAGCCCACUCCCUCUUCCGCUGCUGUUGAGUCCAAGCCCGCCGAGUCCAAGCCCGCCGAGUCCAAGCCCGCCGAGUCCAAGCCCGCCGAGUCCAAGCCCGCCGAGUCCAAGCCCGCUGAGUCCAAGCCCGCUGAGACUCAGCCCGCUGCCACCACCCCCGCUGCCACUGUUGCUCCCCAGGCUACCCCCUCUGCCUCCACCCCCAUUGAGCAGGCCAACGGAGCUUCUUACAACGGUGCUGCCGCCGCUCUGGCCGUUGGAGCUGCCUUCGCCGCCGCUCUCAUCUAA